AUGCGUGGGCCAACUUUGUUAGUGAGAAAAAAAGUUUGAAAAAAUGCAAUUUUUUUUUCAGAGCCAAAUCACUCAGAAAACUCGACAGUACUUACAGUAACAAAAAUCGACAGGCCGGAUUGAGAUUUCCGCAAAUUUAUUUAUUGGACCGCGGUUACCGCAACUUUUGGAAGUACCUACAGUUUCGAGUGAGAUUUUGUCUUUUGUUUUUUUUUAAUUUUUGGUCGCAUUUGGAAUGGCUCAACGUGUUGCUGUCUUUUUUAUAUUGCAAGUUCAAGGUUUUCAAGUCUUGAGAGCGAAAGUCGUUUCUGGUCGGGCGCACUUCCAAAGUAAGCGCUUUGGAGCGGCAACGCGUUGAGCCAUUCCCCAUGAGACCAACCAUUUGUAAAAUCAUCAUUUUCUAUAGUUCUUCGGACAGAUUUCUGAGGGUGAAAAAGAUGAGAAAUUAGUAGAAUGGAUUUCGAGCUUUUGCGCUCCAUGGCUAUUAAAAGACUAGUUUUACGGUUUUUAAAGCUUUUCUUAUUUUUUUUCAACAUCAUAAAAUGAUAAAAAUUCAAUUCUCUCAUGAAUUUUACCCGUUUUUCGUAAGAUUCGCUCAUAAAAAAAAUUCCGGGCUUGUGCGCUCUAUGGCUAAUUUAGAGUUAAAACUCAAUUUGAGCUUUUUUUUUCUUCUUAUUUGAACUGAAUAUGACUGAUUGAAUGAUUGAAAACCAUAUUUAUAGAUCAAACAUGAAUAAUACAUAGAUUUCCGGGAAUAAAUUUCAAAAAUUUUUUUCCAAGUGCUACGACAAGAAAAGUUGGUUUGAAGGACCUCUGCGAGCCGUGUGGCUACACCCCGAUGGACUCGCCCUACCACAAACGGGAGCUGGCCUCGUACCGACAACACCGUCGGUCCAGGUCCACCUCGGUCAGGCCCGCCCGAAGCGUCUUUGAUCGAGCCCGCAGAGAGGUUUUUUUCUUUUUCUUAUUCUUUUAUUUUUUUCAAUUUGAGAUCACGUUGAAGGCUCAAAUACAAAAAAAAUAGUCUAACUAUAUUAUUUCAAGCUUGAAAAUGAGCUCAAAAGAUGAAAAUUUGAAAGAAAAAAAGUCAAAAAUAAGCUCGAAAUUAGUUUUUUUCGGAAGAAAUGACAUACCAAGAUCAUCUACAUAAUCUCAAAUCCUCCCAGGAAAAAUUCAAAAAAUCCUUUUAAAAUUAUUUUCGAGCCGACAGAGGUGCUAUUAUUCAUACUAAAAUCCUCUACAUAAAUGAAAAUCCCAGAAAAAUCCAAAAAAAGUUUUUCCAGCCGACCGAGGUGAUAAUCAACCGGGUGAAGCUGGUGAGCAUCGAAGAGGUCCAGACUCCGGGAUUUUUCGACCGCAAGUCGAAAAAUGCCCACCACGGCGACUUUGCCCACUCCCCCAACCACGCCGCUCGAACCCCUUGGGCCGAAACGCCGCGAGUUCGGCUCCAUUUCGGCGACGAGGAGAGCGCCGUUUCUCCGUUUCAUUGA